AAAAGAUAAUCAUGACGAAUCUAAACGAUCGAUGAUUUCUUAAAAACUGCUUGAGUUUAUUUAAGGAUGUAAGGCAUCUUUACGUUUUGAAAUUUCUUGAUUUGGCCAAAUAAUUUCGAGAAAUAGUCCAAUAUUUUAACAAACUUUCAUGACUCACUCUCUCGCGAUCUUGCAUGUGGACUGCGCUUGCGCAAAUGUGUCAUUUUUUUGUGAUCAAUUUUCUGGACGACAUUCGGUCCAUCAUCGGCAUUAAAAAAAGUAUCUAGAAGUUCAGUACAAUCUUAAAUUUCUUCCGAACGGAGUAUUUGAUAUUACGGUUAAUCUAACAUAUCAACGGCCCAGUCAUGUUUAGCGGAGGUUACAGUGCAACAAAGAUGAAGACCAACCUGAAGCUGAGUGUCAACAGAUUAAAGCUUUUGGAGAAAAAGAAGACUGAACAGGCUCAGAAGGCAAGGAAAGAAGUGGCAGAUUAUCUUGCCAAUGGGAAAGAUGAAAGAGCAAGAAUAAGGGUGGAGCAUAUUAUCAGGGAGGACUACCUGGUAGAGGCCAUGGAGCUUGUCGAACUCUACUGCGAUCUCCUCUUAGCUCGGUUUGGCCUCCUCAAUUCCAUGAAGACAGUUGACGAAUCCCUCCAGGAAUCCAUUGCCAGUGUGAUCUGGGUGGCUCCUCGCUUGUCCCAGGAUAUCACAGAAUUGAAAGUGAUUGCAGGACAGUUCAGAGGUAAAUAUGGCAAGGAAUUCUUUGACAUUUGCGUUGCUGACAGAGAAGAAUGGGUCAACAGCAGGUUGAAGCAUAAGAUGAGUGUGAAAGCACCAGCCCAGACCCUUGUUGAGAACUACUUGAUUGAGAUUGCAAGAAGUCACAACAUUCCAUAUGUCCCAAACCCAGUUGCUUUCAAUGGCGAUGAUGUUGAGCAAAUGCUGAUCAAUAUGGAUGAUGAGUUCAAGCCUGGGUCAGGUCCCCCAGCUGGCCCCAGUGGAGGUGGUGGAGGGGGUGGAGGAAUGACUACCGCCCCCAUACCCAGCGCCCCUCUACCACAGGCACAGGCACCGUACCCACCUACAGUUAACCCUGGGAUGGCCUACCCUCCUCAGAAUAACCGGGGUGGUCCUCCACCCCUCCCUAGUAAACCCCCAGUGGGGGGCGUACCUAAUGGACCGCAACAGCCAAUGGGUGCAGCAGGGGGCUACCAACCAACGCCCAAUCCUCUCCCACACCAUGUGCCUGCACCACCAUAUGAGUUCCAUGACAGCAACCCAACUCCAUAUCCUCCACCUGCAGCUAUCAACACCCCUACCCAGCCCCCAGCCCCACCCCCUAAUGCCCAGCUACCCAGUGAUAGCAUACCCAACCUCCCCGCUGUACCGGUCAACUCAUUCCCACCCCUCGAUGCCACUGUCGGUGGUAAGUCUGCUGGAGGGGAAGAUGUGGACUUUGAUGAUCUCACCAGAAGGUUUGAAGAACUCAAAAAGAAGAAAUAAAUUAUUCAUUUUAGUCCUAUACUCUAUUUUCUGGAUGUAUAUUAUUUAAUGCUCUAUGCCAAUAUAUGUAUUUUUAAUCUUAUAGAUGCUUCUCGAAAUAAACUAUGUUUUUUGAAAAAAAAUAUAUAAUUGUAAUUGUAACAUAUGGAAAUAGGUUAUAGUGAAUCUGUGAAUCUAGAAAUAUUUCUGAAUGUCACAGAAUUUAUGGAAGAUAGUUAUGUACAUUUAAUGCGGUUUGUAAGGUUGAUAUAUGUAUAUUUGCUGAAAUGCUUUUUGGCUAUAUGUUUAAAAAACAAUUAUUAACACUAUAACACAUUUCCUUAAAAAAAUCGUAGUAAUAAUUAAUUUUUUAUAUCAAAUAAUUCAUUACAUAAGUACAUCCUGAUGCCGUUUUAGAGCAAAAAUCUUAUAGAAAGAAGAGAUUGAUACAUCUAUAAUAAUUGUCAUGGCAUUCUUUGCUGCAAGAAAAUAAUUACAGUAAUUGCAUUGAGACAUAUUGUUUGCUCAUUUUUGUCAAUAUUUAGAUUUUUCUUGUUAUGAAAUAAACUUUAAGAAACAAAGUUAUCCCAUACUCAAUUCACUCAAAAUUUUACAGAAAUUAAUAAGAUGACAUAUUAAAAAAAAAGAAUGGCGAAGAUAUUUUUUUUCAUAUAGGAUUGUAGAGUAUAUUUCAAUUGAUCGUUAACCCCUUUCAUCAUAUUAAUGGAAAAUACCACCCAAAUAUAUGAAUGAGAUAUGCUUGGGCCCUGACUGUUUUUUUAAUUUCUUCAUAUAGAAAGCUAGAUGUUUUUACAUAAUGUUUAUUUCAUAACAAUGUAUUUAUUGCCAUUUUAUCCAGGAAUUUUUUCCAACAUAAUUUCCACUUCUUGAUGGUUCAUUGUUGACAAUGUUUGGUGGCAUAGAAGAAAUUUCAUCAAACAAAGUAGUUCUUAGAGAAGAACAAUAUACUUAUAUUUUAAGCUCAUUGAAAGUUAAUUCCCCAUAGCAAACAAACAAAAAAAUGGUCUAGCUCUAAAUCAAGUCUGCUGUAAUUCUAAUGAUGAGUGAUACUGUAGAUGUGACUUACAUGAAAUAAUAUGACUUGCUGUCAAUACUGGACACCUCUUGGUAUCAUAAUCUCAUGAUUGAUAAUGCUUUUGAAGAUUAAUUUGGUGUUGAAAUUGGCAUUAGAGUAAACGGAUGUUGUGGUUUAUUAUUAGAUUAAUCUUGAUAACAUUAAAGCAUCUAAUUAUGAGUGGUGUAGAUGAAUAUUAGUCAAAAUUAAAUUUCAUAUGUUUGUCCUUGCGUUGCAUGGAAACUGUUACUUUGAACAUAAGAGUUUUAACAUCAGAUGUUCAGCUUUGCUGCUAAUUUUUGUUAUAUUAGAAAAUCCAAACCUGGCACUGUUGCAUAGUAAAGUUCUUUUGUAACUUCUGCCUGGCCGUACAUGUUAUAAAAGCAUGUAGUUUGAUGUAAGAGCAAAGCCCAGAAUAAAAAAAAAAUGUAUAAUGCUUCAUCAUUGACCACCUAUUGUUUCAGCUCUUGCAAGAUUUUUAGUGCAAUCAACUGCGGUAUAUCAUAAAUAUACUAAUAAACAUCUAAUUAAUUCUUAUUAAGUUUUAUGCUUGUAAAUGUGUACUUUGGGGAGAGGAGCUCUCUGAGAUAGUGAAUCGUAGUCUAGUUAUUGAAAAGAAAAUUUCUUUUUUCUUCUUUUGAAGUACAUUUAUGUAAAAGUACAAUACGUUAUCAGGAUAUCUAUCUUUUCUAUUAACACAAUGUAAAUAUGAUAUUUUACUAUUAUAUGUACUAUUUCAUUGUUUUUUGAACAAUUACAUAAUGAUGUAAUAAGAUUAACUCGUAAAUGGAACUGAGUUUGAUUAUGAAUAAUAUGUAAAUAUUAAAAUAUAAAAAAUCAGCAUUUUAUCCAAGACUGAAUCUGUAAGCAAUUGCACAAAGCUGUACAUCAAGAAAUUCACAGAUUAAUUCUUGGAUCAUAAUCUAUAAACUUCAGUCUUCACUAGUGAAGUCUAGGGACAUUUUACACAAAACUGCUAGAAUUUCUUUGCAAUAUGACCAUGUAGCCAAUCAAAUAUGAGGAUUCCAGUUGCAUGUGAGAGAGGUUGUGACUUGUUAUAGCAACUUUUGUGGUUGGUGUCAUUUUCCUGUCAGCAAAUGCUUGUAGUAUGAUCUAUUAACAUGGGACAGUAUAAAACAUGGGCCUUCAUUAAAUGAUUAUUAGCUAUAACAAUGCAUGGGAAGAUUGAUUUUUAAAAUAUAUUUCACUCAUUUUCAUUAUAUAUGCCAAAUUUGCCUUUUCCCAUUGUAAAUCAUGUGUUGUAAGUGUUUGAUUAUAGAUUAGUUUUGGUCAUUUCAACUAAUCAUUUUCUCCCUUUAAUCUAUAACUUCAAAGCCAUGAUUUCAUUAUAUCAUGACUUGUGUCAUAUGAUGUCAUAAUCAUUUUAUUCUUAUGUUAUGAGUAAUCUUGAAUGAUAUGAGUUUGUCCAUGAAAAUGAUCCACUGGUUUUUUUUGUGUUUUUUCAACUUUGAGGCAAAAACUCUAUGCCACCGGGACAUAUCUUAAGCCUUGUAUCUUUAUGACUUUGUAUACAAAAAAAUGUUUAGCUUUGAUGCUGAACAAUACCAUAUGUAAACAAGUCUUCAGGCUUAAACCUCCAUAAAUGGACUACUUAUAUAUUUCAAGCUCAAAUCUCUCUAUAUAAGUUGUGCUCUCCUUUUUUACGUGGGUCAAUAUAAAGGUCAACUUUACAUUCAAUAAAAGUUUUUCAUAACAUUAAUGAUUUCACUGCAAUAGUGCAUGUAUAUACACUGUAAAUAAUGAAGUGCUAAUUUAGCACUUACAGUGCUUGUAUAGUGACUGCACUAUGAGUGCGCUGAUUUUCUAGUUCAAAUUUAAACUAGAUAAUCGGCACUCGUAGUGCAGUCACUAUACAAGCACUGUAAGUGCUAAAUAAGCACUUCAUUUUUUACAGUGUAGAAGAUAGUUCUAAUAUGUUUGAUUUCUGUCAAAGUAAGGUAAUAUUUAAUGACAUUGUAGUACUCUUGUAUGUAUUUAUUAUAUUUGUAGUUGCUAUUGCAUAUAUUGUAUGACUUUCAUUCAUAUGUUAUUUUGAAAUAUGAAUUUAAAAAAAAACAUUUGCAAGUAG